AAGCAUAUGGCCAGGUACAAUAACAACAAGCCUACUGAAAUUGAAGGGGCCAAUGUGGGAACAACUAAACAUGCUAAGGUCAAAAGGGCAGCAUUAGCUUGUGAAAAUGUGGUUGGAAGGGAUGUCUUUCUUAAGAGAAUUGUUCGUCCAUAUAACCGUGUUGCAAGAGCUACUAUUCAAAGUCAAGACCCCUUAGAAAUGGUCGGAGGAACAAUGCUGGGAAGGGAGUGCUACAAAGUAGUGAUAGACAGUCUUAUAUGUGGAGAUGCUGAAUUGUUCCGGCCGCACAGAAAUUUGAACUAUAUUAGAGACGCUAUUGGUCAUUGCAUUGCAUGGCCAUCCCAACUAGUUGAAGAAGUGUCACCUCAGUGCAAUGGGGAAGUGACAAAAACAGGUGCUCGAGUUUCUCUCAAACGGUGAUGAUUGUCGAUCAUGUUCAACUAUAGAAAAUUGGCGAGAACUUCUUAGAAGAGAUAGCUCAAACAUGAGCAGUAAUUAUAUAUCUACACUUUUGAGUAGUUGAUUGUCUCAACACUUGUAAAUGCCACAUAUGAAUUGGAGUUCAGACAUAUUAG